AUGAAUACUUUCCAGUGUUUUGCUCUUUUGGUGUGUGUAUGCUUGACAUAUGCACUGGCGCUACCGUAUCCGGAUGAAAUGAUAGUUCAGCUGGAAGGCCUACAAGGGGAAGAAUCCAGAAAUGGAGGUUGGGAACAUGGAGGAGGUAGCGGGGGACACGGCGGCGGCCAUGGACAAGGAGGAGGUUAUGGCCACGGCGGCGGUGGCUGGGGAAACGGUGGCGGUUGGGGACAUGGAUAG